UAUUGAGAUAGCCGGCCUACCCAUCGACUGGAUGAAUGUAGAAAGAGAACACAACCUUACGUAAUAGCUCCCAAAGACCACGAUUUGACCGUCGAAAUAUUUUCUUCCCGGAGGAGAAAUCGUCGUUGCUGUACCCUUGCGUGAAUGCUCACCAAGCUCGAAACAAUAGCUAGGGGCCUGAAGCUCAGCAGGAGGGAGAGAAGGAGGGAGCUCGUAUUUCCUUUUCGCGUUAAAAAUUAGAAGAUCGGCACCGUCAUUUUGGUGUCUCAGCCUGAGGGGAAGUGGAAAGAUGAUGUCUCCAAAACCAAUCGGUGAUGAUCGAGGAUCUCCCAAUUUCAGGCACACUCCCUUGCAGAUAAUACAUGUAAUUGGCAACUUUUUUAGAAUAUGGUCGGUGUACUCCAUGUACCGCUAUUUGACUCAGACUGGAGCAUCUGUGGGUCUUUUCAUAUUUUGCUGCCUUCUACCGUCAUCAUUGUUGUUUCUGGCUAUGCAAAGGCCUUGGAAGGGAAGGCCUCUCUCUAGUCAACAGGUUGUGCCUUCUAUCAUCAAUGGUGUCAUAACAGCUUUGUAUUUCAGUAUGUGGGGGAAGGGCCUCAAGUCAUGUGGCCCAGUGCGAACCAUCUUGGCAGAGUAUGCCGGUGCUGUUCUUGGUGUAUUAUCAGCAGCAUUGUAUGGACAGGGUAAACAUUUAUGGAAAAAGGUUGGAGGACUUGUUGCAAUGAUGCUGUCUUUCUACUUGCUGUCUCGAGGGUGGGCCAUGGCCACAUAUUCACCUUUUGAUAUCCUUUGCCACUCAGUUCCUAGUUUCUAGUGGGUUUAUGUUUGUUAGAUUUGAUAAAUAUACGCAUUACUUCUCCUAUUUCUUUGGGUCAUUCUUUCAUGGUAAGGAUUUCCUGCAAGUGCUUCUUGUGAGGAAAUGUAUUGUUGCCUUCACUUAAACUUACGAUCCAAAGAAAACCUUGAUACAGAAGCUCAUCCGGAAGAAAUCUUGGGUAUGAAAGACAUGAUAGUUCCAAUUAUUGCUGGAAUCUUAUCAGCUUUAAGAAGGGUGAUUGCACGACGUGUUUCACUCAAGAAUCAACUGAAAAGAAGGCUGCAUGCUGUAACCAUAACCUCUGCAACAUGUUUCCUUUUUCCCGUGGCUAUGUGGGACUUCAUCACAGGAUCAACUUCUGGUAGUACAAGUCAACUUCCAUUUUCGGCUUGGGCAUUCGGGAGCUUUAUUCUUUUUGGAGUUAUCUUGAUAUUCUACGUUGACAGCAUAGCAGAAGAAAGGCUGCAUAUGGUUUUCUCUUCUCCAAGGCACUUAAUGGUGGCCGGAGGUUGUAUGAUUAUCCUGGAGAUUUUCUAUCAGAUGGACUUCUCUCUGCCCGGCUUCUUAAUCUGCUGCUUAAUUCUGGGUUUCGGGAUCUACGAGGCAACAGCUUUGGAGCGUAGUAAGAAGGGAACUGAACACUUUGAUCCGUCAGAAGAAAUGUUCGAGGACAUGAAGUCUCCUCUCCCAACUUGAAAACUCAACUUCCGAGUAGUCGCCUUAGAGAAGAACAGAAUCACCAUGAGCAAGCAUUUCACAGAAUUGGGAGUUGAGAGAUAUUUUUUUGCUGAAUCUCGGGGGCAGGGGGCAAAUGACCAGAAAGGAAGGAAGGAGUUAGGUUAGAAUCAGAAUCCAAACGUUUUGCUAACCCACAUCUGAUUGUUCCUUAAAAGCUUGUAUAUAGCUCAUGUAGAUCUGAGUUUGAAGGAAGCCAAAGCCUUGAAAGUAGCUGUACCAUUGAUGACCUUGUGUAAUACACCAACUUUGCUGGCUCAUGGAAGGAUUCUUACGGUGAUCAAGUUGUAUUUUCAUUUACACAGCUCAUCUGCGUUUAAACUUUAAAAAUGAGAAGCUCAUCUUUCAUGUUGCCUUGGAAUUAUGUUUAACAAUCCAUUUACCUUUUCGCGU